CCUGGGCAGACUACACUGAGCAGCCUUUCCGCAAUGACGGACUUUGCAUUAGCUAUCAGUACUAAAGUUUUGUUAUUCCUAUGUGUCAUUCAGUUCUCAGUUUCAGAGAUCAUUUUUGAGGAGAGAUUUGAAGAUGGUUGGGAGAGCCGUUGGGUUAAAUCGGAUUGGAAGAGGAGUGAAGGAUUGGCAGGUUCUUUCAAACACAAAGCUGGAAAGUGGCCUGGAGAUCCAGAUGACAAAGGUAUUCAGACAACUACUGAUGCCAGGUUUUUUGCCAUAUCUGCAAAGAUACCGGAAUUCAGCAAUAAGAACAGAACACUGGUCUUCCAGUAUUCCAUAAGGCUUGAGCAGGACAUUGAAUGUGGUGGUGGUUACAUCAAGCUUCUCUCUGGAUUCGUGAACCAGAAGAAAUUUGGUGGAGACACUCCAUACAGUUUUAUGUUUGGACCUGAUAUAUGUGGCAGUCAGACAAAGAAGCUGCAUGUCAUACUAUCCUACCAGGGCCAGAAUUAUCCGAUCAGGAAAGAUUUGGAAUGUGAAACGGACAAGUUAACUCAUUUCUACACCUUUAUUCUUAGGCCUGAUGCAAGUUAUAGUAUCCUGAUUGAUGGUCGAGAAAGGGAUUCUGGAAGCAUGUAUGCAGACUGGGAUAUACUUCCUCCCCGGAAAAUUAAAGCUGUCAAGGCAAAAAAGCCUGCGGACUGGGAUGAUAGAGAAUAUAUUGAUGAUCCUAAUGAUGUCAAACCUGAGGGAUAUGAUUCAAUUCCAAAAGAGAUUCCCGACCCCAAUGCAAAACAGCCUGAUGAUUGGGAUGAAGAGGAGAGUGGUCUAUGGAAAGCACCUAAGAUACCAAAUCCAGCAUAUAAAGGACCAUGGAAACUCAAGAGAAUCAAGAACCCAAAUUAUAAAGGGAAAUGGAAGAUUCCUUAUAUUGAUAAUCCAGAGUUUGAAGAUGACCCUGAUCUCUAUGUGCUUAAGCCAAUAAAAUACAUUGGCAUUGAUGUUUGGCAGGUGAAGGCUGGCUCAGUUUAUGACAAUAUUCUGGUCUGUGAUGAUCCAGAGUAUGCAAAACAAGUGGCUCAAGAAGUUUUAGCUAACAGGGAGAUUGAAAAGGAGGCCUUUGAAGAAGCAGAAAAAAUUAGAAAAGCUCGAGAGGAUGAGGAAGCUCAAAGAGCAAGAGAGGAAGGUGAAAGGAGGAGAAGAGAAAGAGGAUACGAUAGACACUACCGAGAUAGACACAGAGAUAGAUACAAAAGGCGUUACUCCCGGGACAUGGAUGAUUAUCAUGAUGAGCUUUGAAGAGGCUUUCAAAUUGUCAGCUCUCUCUUUGGACAGCGCUAUCAACACCUGGGAAUGUGAAAUAAAGCCACAAUUUUACCUUUGGGUGGGGUGGGGUGGGGGCAGCUUUUUCUUUCCUCAUUGUUGUAUGAUUUUCAUUUCUGAAGAAAUAUAUAUAUAUCUAGAGAUGCUAAUUAAUUGUUUUGCAUCUU